AUGUACAAAUGUGUCUUUGGGUAUAAAUGUGUCAGCAUCGAGUACAAUGUGUCAGCUUCAAGUAAAAAUGUUUCAGCUUCGAGCACAAAUGUGUCAGCUUCAACCACAAACGUGUCUUCAACCUGUUCUGUUCCUAACUGUGGAUUUCAACAAAAGGAAAGUAGGGUUGUCUUCUUUUGCUUGAAUUAUUUCCUGGAUAGUGGAACACUGUAUCGUUUUGAUUAUGGAGUCAGCAAGCCAAUUUUCCUUUGUAGAAUCACGGCGGCACAUGCACCAUUGUACAAUCUGAUCCUCCAGAGGAAAAUAGUUGUAAAGAUUUUGCCUCGUACUGUAAAACAGGUCUUCUUACCAGGAAGCAACGGUCAAGAUAACUCUGUUAUAUUUGCACCUUUGGCAACUAUUAUUUCAUUGCCCCUUAAGUUAUUCAUGUCAAGUUCCGUUAGUGUAGCCAGAACAACUUCUAGAAUGUAUUUUUUUUCUAGAUAUACAAUUAACAUUGGAGUGGGGAGUGAUGUUCUUGAGGUGAAAGUGAAGGAUCUAACUUCCUCCUAUAAUCUGAAAAACAUGAAGAAAUCUAUCAAUAAGAACCAUUUUGAUACCAAAAAGGCACAUUAA